AGUUAUCGUCAAUUCUUUUGGAGAGUUCAUUCCCUUGCUAAACUCACGCUACACCACACCAAAAUGGCGGACGUUCUUGAUCUCAAAGAUGGCGAAGAAUUUGAAGUCGACGAAGAAGGAGAUCAGGGGCUGCAGAAACUGAAAGAAAAAGCUAAAAAAAGGAAGGGUCGUGGCUUUGGCGGAGAGGGACCUACACGGAGUGGUGUUGAGCAAUAUGAAGGAAUGGAAGUGGAUGAAGAAACUUUGGGAGAUGGCCCAGGACCCCAGCGCUCUGUAGAGGGCUGGAUCUUAUUUGUUACUGGGGUGCAUGAAGAGGCACAGGAAGAAGACAUCCGUGAUGCUUUUGGGGAGUAUGGAGAAAUAAAAAAUCUGCAUCUUAACCUUGAUCGACGCACUGGUUUCCUCAAGGGUUAUGCCCUUGUGGAGUAUGAAACAUUCAAAGAAGCCCAGAGUGCUAUGGACAACCUCAAUGGCACAGAAAUCCUGGGUCAGAAAAUAUCAGUUGAUUGGUGUUUUGUUCGAGGACCAAGGCAAAAUAAAAGCCGCAGUAAAGAUGACAGGAGGCGACGUUGAUUUUUUCUUCUCUUUCUAUUAUGGUUAUCAUCCUCGCAUUUUCCCUUUACAUAAUUUCCUUUUAUAAUGCACAGUUUGUUAGUGUUUGCUCUACCAUAGACGCUUAUAAACUUAAGAUAUGUGAAAAUGGACUGUAGAGUGAGAAGAAAACUUGGGUGUGUAUGUGUAGAAAUUUUUGAAGAAUGUGUGUUGUGUGAUAGAAAACUGUCAGAAAAAAGUAAGGCUUUCUCAAACAACCAUGUCAUGUCAAGUAAGUUGAUUAAUAACUAUAUAUUAAUCUGUGCUCUAGCAUUUGUGAGAGAGCAUGUUGAAAUGAUGGCGUCUUGAGAAUUUUAAAUAUAAAUGUAUUUGUCUAGCUUCCUUUUAGCAAGAAAAUUCAACUUUUAUUUGCAAUUUAAAUUUUCAACUCAACUCAGCAAUGUAAAUUUUCAACUCAGACUAGGUAGAACUACACUGUGUUGCUGAAUUAUUAUAAGGUGAUUUGACAGCUGUUCUAGUAUUCUCAUUGACCUCCCAAAGUGUUCUUUAUUUAGCCUUUUGUUAGAAUUGAAAAUCAGUAGAAUAAAUACAAAGAUGUUUUGAAAA